CGCGCGCCCGCUCGUCCGCCGACGGGGCCGAAGAGAGGGGGAGGGGGGGUCAGUCGUGCCCCCCCGUCCUUUUCGCGGGGCCCGAUGCACCCGCGGCGGCCGAACGGCUUCGAUGGCUUAGGUUACCGAGCCGGCGGCGGGCGAGAGGAGGCCGCGGCGUUCGGGGCCGGCUUCCCCGCCAGGCCCGACCAGGCCCACUGGGUCACCACCCCGCCGGACAUCCCCGGCAGCCGCAACCUCCACUGGGGCGACCGGACCCCCCAGUUGGGCCCGGCCGCGGCGCCCACCCCGCUCGGGGGAUCCGGGAGCCUCCACGAGGACCCCUAUCCCGGCGGCGGGCCCGGGAACGGCAACGAACUGACCCCGCAGCGACGGCCACGCUCUACAGAUCAGUUGAAUAGAUUUGCCGGAUUCGGUAUUGGGCUUGCAAGUUUGUUUACAGAGAAUGUGUUGGCCCAUCCGUGCAUUGUUCUUCGCCGCCAGUGUCAGGUUAAUUACCAUGCUCGGCAUUACCAUCUCACUCCAUUUACAGUUAUCAAUAUAAUGUACAGCUUUAACAAAACCCAGGGUCCAAGAGCCCUUUGGAAGGGAAUGGGGAGCACAUUCAUUGUUCAAGGAGUUACACUUGGAGCAGAAGGAAUCCUUAGUGAAUUCACAUCCCUGCCAAGGGAGCUUUCCCACAAAUGGAGUCUCAGACGAAUUGGAGAACACCUUCUACUGAAAGCCCUAACUUAUGUGGUGGCAAUGCCUUUUUACUCUGCGAGCCUGAUCGAGACCGUGCAGAGUGAGAUCAUUCGAGAUAAUCCUGGCAUUUUGGAGUGUGUCAAAGAAGGGAUUGGCAGAGUCGUGGGCCUGGGAGUGCCUCAUAGCAAACGGCUGCUCCCGCUUCUGGCUUUGACCUUUCCCACCGUGCUACAUGGAGUCCUGCAUUACAUCGUCACCUCCAUUGUCCAAAAGUGUGUCUUGCUGAUUCUCAAGCGGAAGCAGGUCCAGAGCCAAGCCACCGAGAGCGUCAGUUCUGUGCAGAGUAUGUUGGAUGCUUAUUUCCCAGAACUGAUCGCAAGUUUCGCUGCCAGUCUCUGCUCUGAUGUCUUGCUGUACCCCCUGGAGACAGUCUUACACCGUCUUCAUAUCCAAGGAACGCGCACGAUCAUUGACAAUACAGACCUUGGCUAUGAAGUGCUCCCAAUCAAUACUCAGUACGAGGGAAUGAGAGACUGUAUCAAUACCAUAAAGCAGGAAGAAGGAAUGUUUGGUUUUUAUAAAGGGUUCGGUGCUAUCGUAAUACAGUAUACCCUGCAUGCAGCCGUUUUACAAAUUACCAAAAUUAUUUACUCUACACUGCUUCAAAAUAGCAUCUAAAAUUGAGCCCCAGCACCAGUCCAUCCAGCUAAUAGAUCUUGGACUUUUAUCUAUCAGAGUACGUGGAAAGGAAAGAUGAAAUGAAAAUAUUGGGGGGAAAAAAGUAUUUAUAUGAAAUUGGGGGGGAAGAUGAGCAUCCAUGAUGAUUUUUUAGCUUUUUUUAAAUAUAGCUUAGAUCCCAAAACUUGAAUUAAAAAUGAUACUCGCUGCCCAUCUCGUCUCCUCUUUUUGAAAAGUUCAGAAGUUAUUUUUUUUCCAAUCUUGAAAUAUGAAAAAUUAUGUAGAGGAUAAUCUGGUAAUUGCAAUCUGUAGAUUGUUCUUAGAAUGGCAUCUCCAGUUGAAUUACUCAGUGGCCUUGAGCAGUGAUCCAUCCGAUCACAUUGUUGAUAUUUUUUUAACUUGAGCAGCCGAAUUGCACCUGCCGUGAAAAGAAAGCCGGAGGGAUUACUCUGUAGAAACAAUAAGUCCGAGAUCACUGAGGAAUGGGGGUAUUUAAUCGGGCAGUGUCCUUGAGUGAUUAGUAUGAGAAAAAUCUCGAAGCACCCACAGCUUUACAAUUUCCAGGCCUAGUCUCCGAUCAGCUUUUUCCUCUUUUUACCUGUUUGUCUAAUCGAUACCUCGUUGGGUCGAUUUUGGGCCGGGCUUUUCUUCUUGCAAGUCAUCGACGUUAAAUCUUCUAGAAGGUAGCCUUGGCCAUUUGUAUCAGUGAGGUAGAACAGAAGGUGACUUGCUUCUGCACCUCUGGUUCAAUUGCUUCAGACCUGCCCUGGUCCAAGUUCAAAACCUCUGCUUUGCUCAUAGGCAACAGCUAUGAGAAAGAGCAAGAGCCAUAGGUGUUUUUAGAGCCACAUGUCAGACAUUCAUUACUCUGUAAGAUGUAUUUGUCUAAAAAUAGACUAAUCGUAACAACUGGCACCUAGCUUUCAAAUUUACAGCUUUUUUACUAGUCAUUGUACCAGCAGACUCACUGGCCUUUUCAUUUCUGCAGUUACUUUUCUUCCAAGAGGUGCAAACCAAACAAAUUUGGUAUUUGUGGCCUCUCUCAGAUUUGAUAUUUAAAUUUUUGCUAAAAAUCAGUCCAGAAUUUUCUGUGUCAGAAGCGGAGCGGGUCCUCUGGAAUAUCAAAGAAACUAAAUGAAAUUUUGUUGUGUUUUUUUGGUCAUUAUGGAUUGCCUUUUUUCCCUGGGAUUUCAUGAGUGAAAAUACGUUUUAGCAAGUACAACUGAUAGGGUUGUUGAAAGAAUCCAUUUUAAAUGACAGAAAAGGUCUGCCUUCUCUUAAAUGAACGUGUGUGAUUAGUUUCUUGAUAUAGUUAUCUGAUAAAGUGAUGUGUAUUUAACUGACCACUCAUUAAGCACUGUAUAGCUUAUUUUUUUUCCUCUGUAAAUGAUCCCCGGUGGAACUGUGAACCAUUUGGUACCCUGAAAUGCAGCGACUUCUGAAACUGUUGAAUAUACUUGAACUUACAUUUGAAAUGUAAGAAAUCACUGCAGUUUGUAAUUUAUCUUGAAUCGUCAUAUUCUGUGGGAAGUUACAUUGUAAAACGAAACGGGUACAAGUGUAGAAAAUUAUAUAAGUGGAAAAUAUCUAAAUGGUGUAAAAAAAAAUUAAUAAAUAGGACUCUUCACUGUCUUGUAAAUUUUCCGUUUAAGAUGUGUUUUUAAAUAAUCAGAAGUCCUUAGGAUUUUAAACUGGAAUGCCCCAUGAAAAGUUGGAGGAAAAAUCCAAAAUAAAAUUUAAAAGCAGUAA